AUGUUACUAGGGCUACAUUUCAUGUCGCAUGAAAAAAAAUUAUGUUUAUUGCAGCUUUUAGCUUUGAAAAAACUCACAUCGUUUAAACUUAACAUCACCGGAUACUUUUGGAAUGGUGAAGAUGACUACGAGGAUCCAGAGGACGAAAGCCAUGGUUUGAUUCCGGCUGCAUUAGCUCACUCCACACUUAAGUGUUUCACAUUGAAAGCUCCUUACGUUUCGUUCCCAGAAUGUAACAACGGCUUACCAUCUUCUCUACCCGUAUCAUCGUCUCUGCAAUACGUCGAAAUACCAUCAUAUUUUACUUCGUUCUGUUUCGUUGAUCCGCUUAACUUAUUUCCAGUAGUUCGUCAUAUUUAUUUUGGAUCGCGUCGACCCCAUCGGCUUGUUCAUCCACAUGUGCACCUUUGCAGUCUCGUUCUCGAAAUAUACUACUGGCCUGUCGUUGAUUUGUAUUCAUUUCUCAUUCAAUUAGUCGUCUUGAAAAAGCUUACAGUGUACGGCUUUGUUGAUUUCAAGGAAAAACAAAUAUUCGAUUGUACUUGUCUUCUUCCUCUCAUGUCGGCCCUUCGAGUGGUUGAUAUUAAUGUAUCAAUUCAUGUACUACCAGAUGAUGAAACAGUUGAGCAAUUCAAACAAGAACUAGAGAAAGAACGUAUUCGAAGCAUGUGGCAAGAACUUCAAAUAACACCUGUUGUUGAGUCUUGCACAAGACUGAAAGGUCUACUCAAAAAGAAAUAA